UCAUUAAAAAUUGAUUGCUCUGAACAUGGGACGCUUCGGAUGGGAGCUUUCCAUGUGAUUCAGUGAGUGCCUUUAUCAGCGGCAGCUGCAGUUCCCCUCACAGACACUCACACUGCCUCUCUGAGCACGAGAAACAAGGACGUCCUUCUUUUGCCUGGAAACCAGAGAUGUUAGUAACGAGCAGUUAAAGCCUCGCUGUAUCAGUACUGCUCAACUUUCAUUUCUGAGGAGUUAAUCAGCUUCUAGAGACAUUUGAAAUCGCCGUGCAGAUCUGGCGACAAGGGACUACUUGAAAAGCUCAACCUGAAUGUAAUAUUUGGUUGAAGAAGGCAGGAAUAAAAAGCCAUCAUCAUGAAUUUUGUAAUGAAGCAAGCUCUGGGAGGGGCGACCAAAGACAUGGGGAAAAUGCUGGGGGGCGAGGAGGAGAAGGACCCUGAUGCCGAGAGAAAGGAGGAAGAAAGACAGGAAGCCCUCAGGCAACAGGAAGAGGAGAGGAAGGCAAAGUAUGCAAAAAUGGAAGCGGAGAGGGAAUCACUUCGACAGGGCAUCAGGGAUAAGUAUGGUAUAAAGAAGAAGGAAGAGAAGGAGGCAGAAGCCCAGGCAGCCAUGGAGCAGGCAUCAGAAGGCAGUCUGACCCGUCCCAAGAAAGCAAUCCCUGCCGGCUGUGGCAAUGAAGAAGAGGAGGAGGAAAGCAUCGUGGACACCGUCAUGAAAUUCCUCCCAGGCCCGUUUCAAGAUAUGUUCAAUAAAAAGUAACAAUGUUCCACAACAUGUUGUAAUAAAACAGGAAUCAUUAAUGUCAUGAAAUCCACCUCCUUUUCCCCCUUCCCCUCUCUCGCAUAUGUUCAAAGAUCUCUGGACUCAAAAUUUGUGCCACAACAUCUGUCUUUAACGAAAAAUUUGACAUUUUCUGAUUAAAACAAUGAGGAAAAUACAAUGUGUGCACUAGAAAUGUUACAUUGCAUACAUCAGACUCUGUUUAAAGACAAAUUAAAUGCCCCAUGAGUCUGGACCUUAGAGCAAGAAUAUUCCCUGUGCUUCAUUAAUUCUGUUUGUAAAUAGCAAAUGAAAAAAAAAAAUAUAUGACCACAGAUAUACAUACAUACAGUAUAUAUAUAUAUAUAUAAACAGUGACUAUGAGUAAAAGCCAUAAAUUGAUCUUGGAGAGAUUUCUCCAAUCAUAUCAUAUAUUGUUGCUCUGUUAUAGAUAUUACUGAUGAAUCCAUGUGGUAUUCUUAUAGAUAUAUACUGUAUGGAUAAUCAUUUAUUAUCCAAACCAGUAUACAGUUCCUGCUGCCAUCAUGAAUUGUCAAAACUUAUCUGAUUAAUAAGACUGAAAACUUUAAUAUGGAAGGGAACGUACGAUAACACAUAUGAUUUGAUUGUUUUGCUGUCUGUUUUCCUCUAAGCAUGCUAACAAUUUUUCUUUGUUCAUCAGUAUGCCGUAUCCCAUUUCAUUUUGCAUUUUUAGCUGAAAUACACUGGUUUUGGGUUUCGUUGUCCGACAGACACCAGUGUUAAAUAGCUUGUUGUUCACAUCUGUAGUUUAGGUAACUAAACUUUAAAGCAAGUCCCUCAUUACAUUGUCACACACAUUCACAUCACACUCUAGUAAACUGGAUUUGAUCUAUUAAAAAGGAAUCACAUGUGUUUGCAAGCCGCCGCGAUUGAAACCUUAGCACUUAUCUUAGCGCUCAUCUUGAAUUGAUUUCUUUGUGCUUUUUACAGUACUUAAGAAUGUGAGGGGUGACAUCGAUCACAUACAACUACAAUUGGAUCAAUAGGGCUAUAUAAAUACAAAUAUAUAUUCUCUUCAUACUCACUACUGUACAGUAGAAUCUAGUUCUUAGUGUCUACAUUUAUUUACGUUAGCUCUCACAACGUGGUUGUGAGCACACAUUACGUAAACAGACAGUGACAAUGGUGCAAUAUUUGUUUCUGAAUGAAGAUGUCCUGUGUCCGUUGGUUGUAUAUGGGACUCUGAUCCCAGAUCAGCAAUAACAGACAAUCUUCAUAGCUAUGUAUUCAGCUUAUUUGCUAGAAAAUGUUUGUGUGCAAAUGCUGUGUUGUCUUCCUUAGUAUCAGUCAAACGAGCUUAGCAAAUAGCUCUAAAGAAGAAAGUUUUGAGAUUCCUAUUUUUAGGGUCUCUAAACGAAGCCUGGCUCUUAUUUUAUGAGCUACGAAAGGAUCUGGCUUGUGUUUUUAUGCUCGCUUGUUGCUUGUUUAUGUAUGACGUUAUUUCUCAUUGCUGUCACUGCACUGAAAAGAGGGAAAACAGCGGGACUGAAUUACUCAAUAAUGAGAAAAUCAGAUUUGAAAGACUUGGAGUCAGAUUGUAUUAUCCAUCCUCUCUUAUUUUUACUAAGAAAAAAAUAAGCUACAGUACGCAGUGGUUUGAUAGAGUAUGCUUGUAUUCUCAUUAUAUUAUGUCCGCAAUUAUUGUAAAUAACAAUGCGUUCAGGAAAACCUGUUAGUCGCAGAUCAUUGUGUAUGUCUAAACACAGGCAAAUUUUCAGAUUCAAAAAAAUACUAGGAUUCAGGCUGCCAUUCUGUUGUUUUGAACAUUCCGAAUAUUCCAGACAUUCCAUCCAAUCCACAUUGGCUUGUGUGCAUAUUAAUAAAA